CUCUCUCUCUCUCUCUCUCUCUCAGGCAUUUAGCAGGGUGUUUGUGACCUUUGCGCGAGCAAAGUAAAGAAUUUCUCCGAUUUUCUGUUGUUGCUCUUGUUUUGGCGAAUUUGAUUUCUCGGACUUUUUCUGGAAAAUGGGGGAAGAGAAAAAGAGAGCGUGAAGUAAAAUUAUUAUCUUUUUGGGUCUUUACUCUUUAGGAAAUGAAAAGCUGAGUUGAGUGGAGAUUAUGUCUGGGUGCGCGCUGAGAUUCCAAACAACUGUGUAACUUUUGAAAAUGACAUUUUCUGAUCAAUAAACUAUAUUUUACCAUGGAGAUAGAUCUUGAACUGCCUUCAUACGAACAGGAGAAAUUAGAGAUUGGAUCAAAUACAAAUGUUGAUGAUGUGGUUGGUGCAGAUGGGUUACAUGUUGAGGAAGAAGUUUUAAAUUCUCCUACAACAAGCGAACAUGUUGAGGAAGUAAAUGGACCAAAUGUAAGUGAAAGUGUUAUCAGUGUUAUUGGUGUUUGUAAUGAGGUUGAUGUUAACACCAUUGUGCUGAAUGUUGUUAAUAAAGGGGCCAUUCAUGAGCCCCAUAAUGGAUUUGAAUUUGAGUCAAAGGAGACAGCAUAUUCUUUCUACAGAGAAUAUGCUCGGUCUGUGGGAUUUGGCAUCACCAUAAAAGCUAGUCGGCGCUCAAAAAAAUCAGGAAAAUUUAUUGAUAUAAAAAUUGCGUGUUCAAGAUUUGGAAGCAAGCGUGCCUCUAGCACAUCUGUGCAACCACGGCCAUGUAUAAAAACAGACUGCAAGGCAGGCAUGCAUAUGAAAAGGACACCUGAUGGGAAAUGGGUUGUGCAUAGUUUUAUCAAGGAGCAUAACCAUGAGAUUUGUCCACAUGAUUUUUAUAAUUCUAUCAGGGGACAUAACAAGCAAUCUGGUAUUGUUGCUUGUCAAAAGAAGGGUCUGCAGCUGGCUUUAGAUGAAGGAGAUGUGCAAGUGAUGCUUGAAAAUUUCAUGCACUUGCAGGAUUCAAACCCCAACUUCUUUUAUGCAAUAGACUUGGACCGUGAAAAGCUUUUAAGAAGUGUGUUCUGGGUUGAUGCAAAGGGUAGGCUUGAUUUUAACAAUUUCUGUGAUGUAGUUUUCUUUGAUACUUUUUAUGUUAAAAACAAAUAUAAAGUUCCUUUUGUUCCUAUUAUUGGAGUUAAUCAUCACUUCCAGUAUAUUUUGCUGGGAUGUGCAUUGAUUGGUGAGGGGACUACAUCAGCUUUUGUUUGGUUAAUGCGGACAUGGCUUAAAGCAGUCGGUGGCCAAGCUCCAAGACUAAUAAUCACAGAUCAAGAUGAGUUCUUGAAAGACGCUGUUGCAGAUGUCUUUCCUGAUAGACGCCAUUGUUUUUGUCUAUGGCAUAUAUUGGGGAGGAUUCCUGAAAAUCUGGGUGGUAUUGUAAAUGUAAAUGAAAAAUUUAUGGCAAAAUUUAACAAAUGCAUUUACCAGUCUUGGACAGAUGAGCAUUUUGAAAGAAGAUGGUGGAAAAUGGCUGAUAAAUUUGAACUGAAGGAGGAUGAAUGGUUCCACUCAUUGUAUGAAGAUCGUAGUAAGUGGGUCCCAGCUUACAUGCGGGAUUCCUUUUUAGCUGGACUGUCUACAGCUGAGAGAUCUGAAAGCAUAACCUCGUUCUUUGAUAAGUACAUAUGUAGGGAAACUUCAUUCAAGGAGUUUAUUGAGCAGUAUAAAACAUUUCUGGAAGACAGAUAUAAAAUGGAAACUGAAGCCGAUUUUGAAACACGCCACAAACAACCUGCAUUGAGAUCUCUCUCACCUUUUGAGAAACAAAUGUCAAGAGUUUAUACUGAUGCAAUAUUUAAGAAGUUUCAGGUUGAGGUUCUUGGAGUAGUUUCAUGUCAUCUGCAAAAGGAAAGGGAAGAUAAAGGAACCAUGAUAUUCCGAGUUGAUGACUUUGAAGAACAAAAGAAUUACAUUGUAGCUUGGAAUGAAGCAGAGUUGGAUAUAUGUUGUUUAUGUCGUUCAUUUGAAUACAGGGGUUUUCUUUGUAGACAUGCAGUACUUGUUCUUCAAAUUUCUGGUGUUACUAACAUCCCAUCCCACUAUAUUUUGAAGCGCUGGACAAAAGAUGCAAAAGUCAGGCAAACUAUUAGUCAGAUAUCAAAUGGGCUCCAUUACAGGGUACACCGUUUCAAUGAUCUAUGCAAACAUGCGGCUAGAUUGGUUGAAGAAGGGUCUUUAUCAGAAGAAACUUAUAAUAUAGCAUUUCAAGCAUUAGAGGAAGUAUUGAAUCAUUGUGUGGAUGUGAACAAUUCUGUCAGGAGUAUUUCAGAGCCUAACACAAUGGCAAUUCAUGGUUUCCUUGACAUCGAAGAAGAGAAUCACAACAACAGCACGGGCAAAUCAUCCAAAAAAAAGAAAACAUAUCACAAAAGAAAGGGACAUUGUGAGCCAGAUGGAAGAACUAUUGGGAUGCAAGAGAACUGCCCGCAGAUGGAGCAGAUGAACUCAAGAGCACACAACUUGGAUAAUUGUUAUGUAUCUCAGCAGGACGUGCAAGGGGUGGAACUGAGUUCUAGAGCCUCUACUCUUGAAGGAUAUUUUGAUGCUCAACAAAGUAUACAUGCGGUGGGACCGUUGAACCCAAAUUCUCCUAUACCUGAUGAUUAUUAUAGCAAUCAACAGGGCAUCCAGGAGCUGAGACAGUUGCAUUCAGUAGCAACACGUGUUGGUCAAUAUGAGACCCAACAGAGCAUGCAAGGACUGUUGCAUGGACAGCUUAGUUUCAAAGCAUCAGCCAUACACGGGUGUUUUGACGAUCAGGACAAUCUACAAGAUAUGUCAGUGGGCUCCUCACAGUUUCACAAUAUUGCUUCAAAGCAUCUGCAGAAUAAGCACCUUUCUCAGCAGCUGGAAAGAUAUCAAUGAAUGAGAGAACCCUCUUCUCUACUCAUGUAAUGGUGUAUUUGUGAAUUCUUGGGAAUCAUGCUGGUGUUACAUGCGCAGAAUAUCGACCGAAAAUCUCCUUUUAGGAUCUCCAUGACCAUAAUCAGGAGCUUCCAAUGACAUGGCAAAUGUGCUUAUGAAUUGCCGUUGCAAGAGCUCUUUCUUACUUGGACUCAGCAGCUUCCUUACCCAUAUAUUCACAGUGAUAACAAGUCUACAGAUACAUUCUUAGAUGAUAAGUAUAAGAGCAAAACUAGCAGACGGCGGGGCUUGUAGAUCACUUGCCAUAUAUCAAUUUCAAGUACAAGGAGCUUUUGGGUAUUUGGAUGCAUAGUAUUUCCCAUCAAGCCAAUUUAUGGAGAAGAGUGAGUACUACCGUAUGGAAAAGAGUGAUUAUUGUUGAGCUUUUGACUGGUAAAAACCAAUCUCUUGGCAACAUAGCCAGAAGAAGGUAGAUCUGUGGAGGAGUUUGUGGAGGCAUGUAAGAAGGCUACAGGAGUUGCCAUCAAGAUUGAUUACCCAACCUAAAGUUUACAGCGAGCCCUCUAAGAUCCGGCUAUGAACUGAACUGGGUAGCAAUAUACACCAAUCUUACAGAGAGUUUGCAGAUUGCAUGGAGAUGGAAAAAGUCACAUCAUUAUGGGUAUGGAGCCCCUUAGGCAUGAAAGGAUCACAGCAUUCCAUGCGUUGUUGAUUUCAGCUGCUGCCUUCUAUUAUUGCUCAUGAGCUACUGAUACAUGUACAACAAGAGAAAGAACAGUUCAUCUAUUGACAACACUUGCCCCAUGUUCUUCAUGUAAAUAUUUCAUGUCAUGACUAUAUAAAUAGUCAAAUUCUAACCCCUUGAACCA